AUGAAAGAAAUGAAUUCUGUGCACAUUCCUGUCAGGUCCAUUAGCCUGCCUUCAAGGUUACAUCCCAAUUCUCUCAAAAUUGAGACAGAGCUAAACAAGCUUAAAUCUAGGCAAAUUUUAUCAUCUGAUUCUACUACAAAUUCUCUAGGAGCUGAGAGCAUUCAACUGGGCGUAACAAAGCUUGCAGAGUUGUUCAUUUCCAUUGAGGAACUCACUCACUCUCCUCAAACCCAACAAGCUUUUCAUCCUCAGAAUUUAAACGAGGUUGAAGAGGUACUUGAUGGUUCCGUGGGAUUGAUAGAUAUCUGCAGCACUGCAAGAGACAUGUUAAUGGCGAUGCAAGAACACAUCCGAGACCUUCAGUCAGCUUUGCGUAGAAAAGGUAAAGAUUCAUCAAGCAUUGAAAGUGAUGUUCAAACUUAUAUUAGUUUCAGAAAGAGGGCAAAGAAAGACAUUACCAAGUGUCUUGCAACGUUGAAGAAAUUAGAAAACAGUGCCUUAUCUUGUCCUACGUUGAACGAAGAGCAUCAUUUAUCUUAUGUAAUCAAACUGAUAAAAGAAACUCACGCCGUCGCAGUUACCAUCUUUCGAUCUGUCAUGUUAUUCUUAGCUCCACCGGUGACGAAGACGAGCAUUUUUGGCUGGUCAUUGAUAUCGAAACUAACACGGUCAGGGUUGCUUGCUUCUGAUAGAGGUGAGAAGAUUUUCAAUGAGGUGGGAAGAGUUGAUAUAACACUCUGCUCCAUUCAUGGACAAAUAAAGAAAAAUAAUGAUGCCGUGUUUGUUGUGCAGCAAGUGAAAGAGAGAUUGAAGACGCUUGGUGUUAGCAUCCAAGACCUUGAGUGUAAAUUAAAUUGUCUGUUUAGAUGCAUAAUCCAAAAUAGGGUGUCCCUUCUAAAUCUUGCUACCGCCUGA